ACAAUCACCUGAAAUUCAAACAUCUGACAUCUUAUUUUCUUGGUGAACCAAUCGAAGCCAUGGCCAUGUCCACCGCCAAACCCCACAUUCUCGUUUAUCCAUAUCCAACCGCCGGCCACGUAACCCCACUCCUCGACCUCACGCGCCGCUUACUUGCCCGCGGCCUAUCCGUCACCGUGUUGAUCACUGAAAACAACCUAUCUUUACUCCAGCCACUUCUAUCCUCUCACCAAUCUCUUCACCCUCUAAUCUUCCCUUAUCCAGAAGCUUCCAAUGCAAACGGAAGCUUUAAUCUCCACACCUCCCUGCACGACCUUCACUAUCCCCUCCUCCUUCAAUGGCUCCGAUCACAAAAGCCCCCUCCCGCCGUCAUGAUUUUCGAUUUCUUCCUCGGUUGGACUCACCAAUUAGCCUCCGAGGUCGGCCUGCCACAUGUCGUUUUCUCGCCGUCUGGCGCCUUUGGCUUGUCCAUGUUUUUUACAUUAUGGCGGGAUUUACCCAAAGUAGAAGACCCUAAUAACGGAAACUCGUUAGUAACAUUUCCGAACUUACCAAAUUGUCCAGUUUUCCCCUGGUAUCAGCUCCCUCCUCUUUAUACAAGAAACAAAGAAGGAGAGGCAAUUUGGGAAUUUCGCAAGAACGUUUGGCUGGGAAAUAUGGCAAGUUGGGGAGUCGUUUUAAACACCUCCACUGAGUUGGAACGAGUUUACAUUGAAAACAUGAAGAAAGAACUCGGUCACGAUUUUAUUUGGGCAGUAGGACCUGUUCUGCCUCAAGAUGAUGACGUGGCCGGCCGUGGUGGGUCCAGCUCUAUGCCAUGUCACGAUUUGAUGGCGUUUCUCGAUGCCCGUGGAGACGGUUCUGUUGUCUACGUGUGCUUCGGGAGUCGUGUCGUUCUGACACGUAAGCAAAUCGACCCGCUGGCUGCCGCGUUGGAGAAAAGUGGAGUCCAUUUCGUCUGGUGCGUGAAGCAGCCAGACGAGCAAAACGUGGCAGGCGAUUACGGCGACAUCCCAGACGGGUUCUUAGAUCGUGUGGCUGGGAGGAGUUACAUCAUCAAGGGAUGGGCUCCACAAGUGGAGAUAUUAAAACACCGAGCGGUGGGCGCUUUUUUAACUCACUGCGGCUGGAACUCCACGCUGGAAGGAACGGUGGCGGGUGUGGUGAUGCUGGCGUGGCCGAUGAGGGCGGAGCAGUUCAUGAAUGCACGGGUAUUGGUUGAGGACUUAGGCUUGGGGAUCCGAGUUGGUGAGGGGACUCAGAACAUUCCGGAGUCAAACGAGUUGGCUCGAUUGUUAUCAGAGUCAGUGAAUGGAGCCAGAGCAGAGAGGGGCAGAGCAAAGCAAGUGAAAGAGGCAGUGUUGAAGGCGGUGGCGGAAGGAGGAAGUUCGUAUAGAGAAUUGGAUGAAUUUGUUAAGAGUAUCAGAAGCUUGAACGAGUAAACGGCUAUGGCCGAAAGCUCAGAAGUCAGAUCCAUGGCCCAAUUAAAGGAAA